CAUGGCGUCUACCUGAUGCUAGUGUUGUUUGUUUCUUUCAGUCGGCGAGUGUAUAACCGUCUGCUGAAGAAAUGAAGGGAGUGAAAUGAGGGCAGAUUCUGUGAGCAUCCACUCAGCUCAGGAAGAAGAUUCAUCCCCAAUGAUUGGGGGUUGCUGUGUCUGCUCCGAGGAGAACGGAUCCCCGGAGAAUCCCCUCGUCUACUGUGAUGGCAAAGGAUGUAGUGUUGCUGUGCAUAAAGUGCCCCGACUCCUGAACGAGGUGUGUGAGCUGAGGGAAGACAACCAACGAAGGAGACAUCGGAUUGAAGAUAUGCAG